GUGGGGUCCUGCAGGAAUCCCGGCUGGAGCUGACAGGAGUCAGGCCCACUCUGAAGGUUCUCUCCAGGUUCUCUCUCUCCCCUCCUGAUUUUUGCCAUGGGAUGCAGUUAUGAAUAAAGCUGCUAUGGACAUUCAAGUACUAGUCUCUAUGUGGACAGAUGUUUUCAUUUCUCUUGGAUAAAUAUGUAGAAGUGGAAUUACGUGAUCAUUCGGACACUGUGCUCUCCCUGCAGGAUGGCAUGCUCAAGGACCUGCUCCCGCAUCCUGGGGCUGAGCCUCGGGACUACAGCCCUGUUUGCUGCUGGGGCCAACAUGGUGCUCCUCUUUCCUAACUGGGAUGUGACCUACCUGUUGAGGGGCCUCAUUGGCAAGCAUGCCAUGCUGGGCUCUGGGCUCUGGGGAGGAGGCCUCAUGGUCCUCACUGCAGCCACCCUCAUCUCCCUGAUGGGCUGGCGAUACGGCUGCUUCAGCAAGAGUGGGCCCUGCCGAAGCAUGCUCGCUGCUCUAUUAUCAAGUGGCCUGGCUUUGCUUGGAGCCUUGAUUUGCUUUAUUACUUCUGGAGUAGCCCUGAAAGAUGGUCCAUUUUGCAUGUUCGAUGUCUCAUCCUUCAACCAGACGCAAGCUUGGAAAUAUGGUUACCCAUUCAAAGACCUACACAACAGGAAUUAUUUAUAUGACCGUUCCCUCUGGAACUCGGUCUGCCUGGAGCCUUUGAAAGCUGUCAUUUGGCACGUGUCCUUCUUCUCCGCUCUCCUGUGCAUCAGCCUCCUCCAGGUUCUCCUGGUGGUCACUCACUUCUUCAACGCCUUCCUGGGCCUUUUCUGCAGCCUCUGUGAGAAGCCAUAGGCAAUGCCACUUCACGGACACGGCUUUCAUCAGAAACUGCCUUGAAUCCUUUCUGCCAUUAGGGUUUAUGGGUAUGAAUCACAAACAGACUUCCCUUUUAGGUAUUCCUGUGAUAAUUAUAGCAAUAAUAAUUCCUUGCAAGUAUGUUGCAUGACAUUAUGCAUUUUAAAUCACAUUGUAAACUGCAUGACAUAUUAAUAGAAGGAAUAAUUGUCAUUUUUAUUGUGUAAGAACUUAGUCCAUAAAAUGUCCUCCAGCCAUGAUCUCAUUUCAGCUUAACAACCCCAUAAAAGUUGCCACAUGUAACCGAUAGAGAAGUUAAGGCUCCUACAGGAUAAUGGACUUGCUUCCCCAAAGCACUCAGUUAGGUUCAGGUAAAGUCAGUACUUGAGCUCCUAUCUUCUAAAUUCAUCAGUAGUUAUGGACUAAACUAUAUGUCCCUCCCCCGCCCACCCCCGCCCCAAACUCACAGGUUGAAGCCCUAACCCCCAAUGUGACUUUAUUUGGAGAAAGGACCUUUACGGAGCUAAUUAAGGUUAAACAAGGUCAUAAGGGAAGGACUCUAAUCCAGGAGGACUGACAUCCUUUUAAGAAGAGGAUGAGAUACCAGAUCUCUCUCUACAUGAGCACCAGAGAAAGGGACAUGUGAGGACAUAGCUAGAAGGUUGCCAACUGCAAGCCAAGGAGAAAGGCCUCAGACACCAACCUUGUUAGCACCUUGAUCUUGGAC